AUGGUGAAGGUGAAUGCCCGCAAGGCUCAGAGAACCCAGGAUGGCAGGAUCCACGUCAUCCAAGAGGAGCCUUUGCUUAUAGCCGAGGAGCUCAUCCCUUGGGAAGAGGUCCAGCUCUACCCCGAACGCCCGGAAAGCCUCACCCGCAUAUCAAGCGACUUGCCUAUUGAGGUUAAGAUGGACCUGGUCCAAUGCUUGACUCGCAAUAGGGACAUUUUUGCUUGGUCCCCCAAAGAGCUACUUGGGGUCAAGCCCGAGGUGACUGAGCACAGACUACACCUUUUGCCUAAUUCUAGAUCAGUUAAGCAGAAGAAGCGAAACUUCUCGGUCGAGAAAAAUAAGAUCAUCCGAGCUGAGGUGGACCAGCUCAGGAAAGAAGGUCACAUUAGAGAGGUACAAUUCUCAUCCUGGCUCUCUAAUAUGGUCAUGGUAGCUAAACCCAACAAUAAGAGGAGAGUCUACAUCGAUUUCCGAGAUCUCAACCGUGCCAACCCUAAGGAUUGCUACCCGCUACCUAGGAUUAAUCAGAUGGUGGAUUCAACCUCAGGAAAUACCUACCAAAGAAUGAUGAAUAAGAUCUUCGGGGAGCAGAUAGGAUGGAACGUGGAGGUCUAUGUGGAUGACAUCCUCAUCAAAUCCACUCUGGCUCUGUCCGUCAGGUUAAAUUUUAGAGUCACUAAUAAUGAGGCAGAAUAUGAAGCACUACUGGCAGGGCUACAAACAGUUCGACAUGUUGGAGCCGCCCGUGUGGUUGUCUAUUCAGAUUCUCAGCUUGUAGCUCAGCAAGUAACAGGCAACUUUGAGGUUAACAGUGACAAGCUGCAGUUAUACUGGGAAGUAUAUGAGAAGAUGAAAGAGGAUUUCAAGGAAGUCAUGAUGACUAAGAUUCUCCGGGUAGAUAACUAA